AUGGUGCACAAGAUCUAUUCGUGUUCGUUGGACGAGCUUGAGCAUCGAGAAAAUAGUCUUCAAUUUGAAAAGUUUGAUUCAAAUAUUGCCUGGGAUUUGGGAGUUUUUGCUAGAAAUAGUGCUCAGAGUAAAUAUCCAGGUAAACCGCUAGUUAUCGACAUCACCUUGACGGGAGGCCACACUUUGUUUCGUACCGCCCUUUCUCGGGGCACCAAAGCCGACAACGACGAGUGGAUACGCAGAAAACAGAACACGGUCUUUAGAUUCGGUCAUUCUAGUUUCUACAUUGGUCAGAAAUUACGCUUGAAAAACAAAACAAUCGAAGAAGGAUUGUAUGUGUCACUGAAAGAUUACGCUGCUCACGGUGGCAGCGUCCCCCUCAGAUUGAAAUCGUUUGAUGGAAUAAUCGGCGCCUUGACCAUAAGUGGAUUGGCUCAAGAGGAAGAUCAUUUAUUGUGCUUGGAGAUCUUGGAAAGUUUUCUAAGUGAGUCGAAAUGA